AUCUUUCCAAUCCAUCGAUUUGUUAUUUGAAUAGGUUGACGUUGAUAACUUACAGAGAUAUUAAAGAAUAUCCAUUUUACUUAUCUUAGUGAAUUUUGGUUCUGGUUGCGUUAACCACGGGUAUAAUGUCAACGGGCGAGCUUGAUCGUUACAUUUUUUCUCUUGAAGGUUAUCUGCGUAAAGUUGAUUCUCUAAAACAAUUACCAAGGAGUACAUUGUGUAACUCAUUAUUGCCUAAUUUCGGUAACUUUGGAUCCAUCUUUUUGGCCAACUAUACCUGUCCACAAGCUUCAAGAGGACUCGAAAUUAUUAUAAAGCUCAUUUUUUAUGCCAAAGAAAGCAAAGCCGUUGAGGAAGCUGACUGUCCAUCAUUGAAUGAUUUUAUCAGCCAGCUGCAAGAUCAGAUUAUUUGUGGAAAAAUAUUACCAUUAAGUGAUUUUGAGACUCAAAAAUUAACCUACUUACUGCCUAAAUAUCGCAACACCCAAGUGCUGAAAUUAAUCAAGGACUGUCUAAAGAAUCCUGUAUCUGUAAAUAUUGAUGACUGCAUUCAACGGAGCAGUUUAGUUGAAGACUGUGGUAAACUUAACCUGCUGUUUUUUCCCAUCAUCUUGACAUUUUGUGACAUUCUUUCACAAACUAAUGGACACUGGUUUAUUGGUAAAAUUAUUGGCAGUUUUAAAAGGAUUGUAAUCACUCGUGUCAAUGGUAAUAUCAUCAAACUGUUUCCAUCUCAUCUACACCCAUUUCUAUCUCAUCUAGAGAUUUUGGAUCAACAAUUAUCCCCACACACUAUUUGCUCAUCGGUAGUUCCAUAUCAAGCUGCUGAAAAACUCUGUCGCAACUUUAACAAAUCACAAUCUCUUGGAAUUUGCAAAUGGUAUGAAAUAGUCGCCUUAUUGAUUUUAUACCCGAUGGUUGCAGAUUUUUUGGUAUCACAUAGAUGAGAAUGGAUCAAACAACCACAAAAUUGAAGUCAAAAUCUGGGGUUUUCAAGUGGACUUCUUCAAUCUACAAUCGAUUAUUUCCAGCUAGCAAUAGGCCCUUGUUUGUGUUGUCAUUAACCGCAACCGGUUUGAUUAUGGUGGCUAGCUAUAAGAUAGUUGAGAAUUACUUUAUCACUACUAACCCAUUGUACGUUACAGGAGUAAAAUAUUUACACAAUAAUGAAAUCGUAAGAGACGUCAUUGGCCAUCCAAUCAAACUGAAAACAGUGAAAAAUCUAUUAAAAAUAAAAGAAAACAUCAGAUCGCAGGAUAAAAUUGUUAUGACUGUUGAUUUUAAAGGAAAGUUAAAUAGUGGUAUAUUGACAAUUUAUGGACGCAAAAAUGACAGUAAUGAAUGGGAAUUGAAAAAAGUGGAAGUUAAAUUAAAGCAAGAAUACUAUUAUAAAAAUUUCAUACUUUUUAGAAAUGAAUCUUCUGAGGAAGCAAAUACUUUUGUAGAAGUUCUAUGAUAAACAUGUAUUUAUAUUAAUAAAAUUAAUAAAUGUUCAUUUCAGUUGUAAAA